AUUUUUGUCGUGCUUCAAAUUGUAUAUGGUUGCUUUCUGAGAGUUAAAUUCAUGGGAGGUCCCACUUUCAAAUUCAGGCCCCUCUCUGCUAGUGACACCUUCAUUGUCCUCUUUUUAUAAGCUCCUUCACUGCCUUUCUUUUCUAUUAUCAAAUGGCAACUUCAGAAGAUAUCUCUUCCCUGGAAAUUAUUCGUCAAUUUCUUCUUGGAGACGUCAUCUCUAUAGAUGAACCCAAUUUCGAUAUCUCUUCUACUUCGUUUCUCCAACCCGUCAAACCCAAAUACCCAGUACCCAAAUCCGAACCUCACUCUCCAUCUGCUUUUCAGAUAAAACCUGAAACAGUGGAGUUGGAGUCUCCAGAGGAACUUUAUUUGGAUUCAACUGAUACUUACAGUCCAAAAAUGGCAGACCCUGAAGAGAGGAAGCACUACAGAGGCGUCCGAAGAAGGCCAUGGGGGAAGUUUGCAGCGGAGAUCCGGGAUCCGGCUCGAAAGGGAAGCCGGGUAUGGUUAGGAACUUUUGAUACUGAGAUUGAUGCUGCAAAAGCUUAUGAUUGUGCUGCUUUCAAAAUGAGGGGUCGCAAAGCAAUCUUGAACUUUCCAUUGGAGGCUGGAGUGGGUGGCCCUCCGGCAACAACUAGUUGCAGGAAAAGGAAAAGAGAAAAAGGAAAUGGAGCUGCAGGAUUCUCAAGUCAUAUCCAUGGAAAUUGAAGGUCUAACAUUCUCAAGAAUAAGCAUACAGUGAAAUAAGCAUAAGAUAAGUUGUAUUAUUGUUACUGUACAGGUAGACUUGAAGUUGCAGGAAGAAUUAUUGAACAAUAAAUGUUGAAUCUAGACUUGAUUUUCCUUCUA